UUUUACGAAUCGCUUAUUCUUCUUCUCUUUCAUCAAACCCACUCUCUUUAUCAUCUCUCUCCCUGCCGGAGAGAUUCCCCUUUUCCACCGAUUAUACUCCUGUUUCGUCGUUAACCCAUUUUUAAAUUUCCAUUUCAGGCUUCAUGUCCAUGGUUUAUUCCAUCAAUUUCUUGAUUGAAGAUUCUUUUUCUCAGUUUAUACAGUUUGGGAGUUUUGUUAUGUGUAUUUAGGGCUCAUUUCUUAUAAAGAUUCAUUAUUUGAAGAAGAGGAUUCGAUCUUUGUGGCGUUCUUGAAGAAAAGUAAAGGCGAGUUAUCGAAUUCCUGGUAAAAUCGAUUUGGGGUUUGUAAUUUUUCGUCAUAUCAGAUUUUUAGACUCAUAGAUGUCAACGACUGGGUCUUCAUCAUCAUCGUACUGGUGCUACAGAUGCAGCCGAUCUAUUAGGGUUCGAAUCAAUCAAGAAGAUUCAUCUUUAUCUUGUCCCGAUUGCAACGGAGGUUUCAUAGAGGAGAUUGAUAGCCCGAAUAGAUUAAAUGGGUCUGUGAUCUCGGAGUUUCACCGGAGUCGGUUUCCUGCUGCGGCCAUGUACAUGGUUGGAAACGGGCAACACAGCCCGGCGCCGAGUCCUAGCCCGCCGUUACUCCGACGAGCUAGAAGAAAUGCUGGUGAACGUUCACCAUUUAACCCGGUUAUCGUUCUCCGUGGACCAACAAGCACACCGGAAGAACCGGGUAGUGGUACGGAGGAAUCCGGCACCGGCGGGGGGUUUGAGCUGUAUUACGACGAUGGAGCCGGAUCAGGUCUAAGACCAUUGCCGGCAAGUAUGUCAGAGUUUCUAUUGGGUUCUGGUUUUGAUCGGUUAUUGGACCAAUUGGCGCAAAUAGAAGGGAAUGGAUUGGGGAGAAUUGACAACAAUCCACCUGCAUCAAAAGCGGCCAUUGAAGCAAUGCCAACUAUUGAAAUUCAAGAAAAUCACGUGUCAAUCGAAUCAUAUUGUGCUGUUUGUAAGGAACCAUUCGAUUUAGGAUCAGAAGCUAAAGAAAUGCCGUGUCAACAUCUAUACCAUUCCGAUUGCAUUCUCCCCUGGCUCGCUUUACGCAACUCAUGCCCUGUAUGCCGCCAUGAAUUACCAAUAGAAAACACAGAUUCAGGGGAUCAACCCAGAGAGGCAAAUAACCAAUCGGGAAACGAAGAAGAAGCCGUGGGCUUAACCAUAUGGCGGCUUCCCGGAGGCGGAUUUGCCGUGGGGAGAUUUUCCGGAGGAAGAAGAGGCGGCGAGAGAGAAUUGCCGGUCGUUUUCACAGAAAUGGAUGGUGGUUUCAACCAGAAUGGAGCUCCGAGGAGGAUUUCAUGGGCUUCAAGAGGCAGUGUCACUAGAGAACGGCAUGGAUUAGGAAGUGUUUUCCGCAAUUUGUUCUCCUGUUUAGGAGGUGGAUGUGUAAGAACAGGAAGAAGAGCUUUGGCUUCGAGUUCUAGUUCAAGUUCUGAUGAUCGAGCAAGCCAUCGAAGUAGAUCUUUGUCGUCUACAUUGAGCGGGUCGUCACGUAGACGCAGGGGGGCUGUCACGUUCGACGGACAUACCGAGCCUCCGAGGAGAUGAAGCUUCAGGCUGAAUGUAAAUACCAAAACACUGAGAUUACAACAUAUGAAUCCUCCAUGAAUGAGACUACCUGCAGUUUUUUUUUUUUUUUUUUUUUUUUAGUUUAGCUUAAUCUGCUUGUGUUAUAUCAAUGUCAAGAUAUUGUUUCGUUUUUUGGGAAAUUUUAUUGAAUUCAACAGAUGAAAGCUUUGUUAGUGUCUUGAUUUGCGUGCACAAAAGAUGAGAAUCACGAAUCUUUUUAGGCACAGAUAGCGUUGUUCGUCGGAUAAAGUAGUAUUGGCCUGGGUUUGAACUUUGAAUAUCUGAUCUCUUGUCGGCAAAUUAAGAUUGUGAGGUUGCCGGCGGCGGCGGCGGCAUAAAAGAACAAAAAGGGCAUAUGCUUGCUGGCUGCUGCAGGGCCUGAGGCAUAAUUUUUCGGUCUUUUUAAUUCCUGGAUACAGCCUGUCACCUUGAUAUAAAACGUGGACUGCUCUGUUCACCUUAUAGCAAAUUGAUGCUAAAAGUCUCAAUAUCAUAUCAUAUUAUCAUAA